AGCAGGGAGAAGUUUCUGAUUUUUUUUUUAAUUUUUAAUUUUUCUAUUCUUAUAUUUUUUUCCCAAACGUCGACCGGUAGUAAUUAAGAGUGAUCUCAUUGCGUCCAAAAACCACGCCAAUCGAGUCUAAUAACAACCUUCCAUACUAUAAAUACACGAAACAAACAGAGAAGUCAGAUUGCAUAGUAAAUAAAGGUCCAUCCUUCCUCUCCGAGUCUCUUCUCUGAAAUCUUAGGCCAUCGGAGAGAGACACAGGGAAAUGGGUAGGGGAGGGAGUGCAGCGGACGCCGGGGAAGGAGUAAUGGCCACGGAUUUCUUGUGGUCGUACACGGACGAACCCCACGCCUCGCGCAGAAAGGAGAUCCUCGCCCGAUACCCUCAGAUCCGGCAGCUCUUCGGCCCCGAUCCCCUCGCCUUCCUCAAGAUAAGUGCAGUUGUUCUUCUUCAGCUAUGGACUGCUAUCUACCUUCACAAUGCCAGCUGGCUCAAGAUCCUAACAGUUGCAUACUUCUUUGGUUCUUUUCUCAACCACAACCUAUUUCUGGCCAUCCAUGAGCUCAGCCACAACCUAGCCUUCUCAAUUCCAUCGUACAACCGUUGGCUAGGGAUAUUUGCCAAUCUUCCAAUUGGUGUUCCUAUGUCGAUUACAUUCCAAAAGUAUCAUUUGGAGCACCAUAGGUACCAAGGCGUUGACGGGAUGGAUAUGGAUAUUCCUAGCAGUGUUGAGGCUCUUGCAGUCACCAAUGCAAUCACCAAGUCCAUAUGGGUUAUUUUCCAGCUUUUCUUCUAUGCUUUACGACCAGUAUUCCUCAAGCCCAAACCUCCUGGCUUAUGGGAAUUCACCAAUCUGAUAAUCCAGCUUUCUCUCGACGCUUCCCUGGCUUAUUUCUGGGGAUGGAAAUCCCUUGCGUAUCUGAUACUAGCAACUUUUGUUGGAGGGGGAAUGCACCCAAUGGCAGGUCAUUUCAUUUCUGAACACUACGUCUUCAACCCUGAUCAGGAAACAUACUCCUACUAUGGACCUCUGAAUCUGAUGACUUGGAGUGUGGGAUAUCACAACGAGCACCACGAUUUCCCUAGAAUUCCUGGCAGCAGGCUCUAUAAGUUGAAAGAAAUUGCCCCUGAGUACUAUGACAACUUGAAAUCAUACAAAUCGUGGAGCCAGGUGAUCUUCAUGUACACAAUGGACCACACCAUUGGACCCUUCAGCAGGAUGAAGAGGAAGGCAUCAAAGGGUACUGAGACAAUCAAGAAAGAAGAGUAGAACUGCUGGUCUUUUUUUCGAUUGUUUGGGAUUCAGAAAACCAAUUUUCAGCAGAUCAUUUGAUUAUUUCUCCUAGUCAUUGUUGAUGCCUGCCCUGUACCACUUUGGAUUGCUGUCCGCACAAUUUAGUUGAUUUUGAUGCUGGAAUUCAUUUUCUCCAUAUAAAUGCUUCAUUAGUGUCAAUGUAGUCUGAUGCAAUUUGUAUUACGAAAUAUUACAAUUCUAAUCCUCAUUCAGCAUUACAUGUUUGAUAUCCACAUCUGGACAUGAACACUUCGAGUAGACAUUCGAUCAUGUAUAAAAAUUUAUUAGAAACAAUUGUGAGAUACUUGAUAUGUCCAUAUCCAUGUUAGAGAGUAUUCAUUUCUGGGUAA